AUGCGGAAAACGAUGGCACCCACCAGAUCCGUUCAUUUUAUUGAUAGUGAAACGAUUUCGAAGCAAAUAUUUGCCCCGGUCCGUUACAAUCUGCCGCUGUUUCUGUGCAAAAAACUGAACGUUCAUUCUGCUCUGGUGGAAAAUUCGACAACGCAGCAAUGGACGAGUGAUCGCGAGAGGAUGGCACUGUUGCAAAGGAUGGCAAAAUAUCGCAACGAUGAUUUAACGAAAGACACAUCCAGCCGUAAAGAGAAGUCAUUUAAAAUUAGUCAACCCCAAUCCGGUGCGCUGGCGGUCCACCCAAGACGUCGCUGUAAUGCGCACCGUGCCGGAUGGCCCCGCUGUCCUAGGUCGCUUCGGGAUGGGCGUAAGGAGUGGUCCCUACCACCGGGCAGAUAUCGAUUAGGUGGAAGUAUCGCCGAUUUGGCUAACCGUUCAACAGGUACCAAGGGACGAGACGGCCACCCCACUGAAGGUAGACGAUCGCGAUACGAAGAGGGUUCCGGUACGAACCGGAACGAAUCCAACGGCCAUCGGGACACGAUCAACGCGAUCAGCCUGCCGGCCGAGAUGAAUAAGUUAUUGCACCGGAGCAAAUACUUUGUCGGUAAAAUACGGCCCGGUGACCGAAUGAACGAACGUCCAACAACGCGGCUGGCAUUAUCUGAACUGACAGUAUGCCGGCGAGACCCGAAUGAUCCCGGUCCUGGACAUUACGACCCAGAACCGCAAUCCCCCCGCUCCCAACAGCUCGCUGUCCCAACGAAGGCGCCUCGUUCUUCUUUAUCAUCUUGUUACACGUACGACCAGUACUGCCGCGAGCCAUUCGCCCGUCCACCACCCGGCCGGUACGACAUCCGUGCCGCACCACUGCCAUUAUCUUCCGGCAAAGUGCGAUACCGUGGUGAGCAGAUUCACAUUCCGAUUCAAUCGACCACCUCAAAACCACACCCCGACCGUGAUGCACGUGGAAAACCACCACCACCACCAACAUCAUUGGUGGGGCGAAAGGUUACGCUUCGUUUGAAUUCCAUCAAUAUUCCCGUACGACCCCGGAAGGGACGCCGUAACAUGAAGGUUGCGUUUAUGAGCGGAAGUGCACGGUUUCGGGAUCGCGACUUUUUCCCUAUCGGUGGGUUAGGAAAAGCGACGACAACUUCCACCAGUAAGCGGCAGCUACAGCGACAGCAGCAGACGACAUCAAAGAAAUUGCACGACACGGAGGACUGGGUACAGGCGGAAGAACCUUCCGGAAGUGCCACACGGACAGCGCAGUCAGUGGAGCAGCCGAAGCGGGGCGAGAACGAAGAACAGCGUCCAGAACAGGAGGGUGAAGAUUGUGUUCAAUUUCUUGCCGCACAUGGUAUCUGUUCUCUGGGGACGCUACCAUUAUCCCGACCCGGCAACAAAAUGUCGACCAGAUUCUUCACGGUUCCUAGACUCACGCGCAAUCGGCAGUAG